UUCAUCAACAUGGCUCAGGUUGCACCGGAAUACGACGGCCCCAAGCUCGCCGUUGACGCCCAUGUGAAAUACAUCCAAAGCCUGGACACCAGGAAGGAUGAGCUGGAUUACUGGCUGACCGAGCACUUGCGACUCAACGGUCUCUAUUGGGGGUUGAAUGCUCUCUACUUGCUUGGCCGCCCCGACGCCCUUCCACGUCAAGAGGUCAUUGACUUUGUUCUAUCUUGUCAGCAUGAAAACGGCGGAUUCGGCGCUGCGCCCGGUCAUGAUGCCCACAUGCUCUCCACAGUAAGUGCUGUGCAGAUUCUCGCCAUGACAGAUGCCUUCGACCAGCUAGAAGCCAAAGGCAAAGGAAAGAGCCAAGUCGGCAAGUACAUCGCAGGACUGCAGAACCGAGAGACUGGAACGUUUGCUGGCGACGAAUGGGGCGAGGAAGACACGCGGUUCCUGUACGGUGCCUUUAACGCCCUAUCUCUCCUCGGACUCAUGUCCAUGGUCGAUGUCGAGAGGGCUGUCACUCACAUCAUCGCUUGUGCCAACUUCGAUGGUGGUUAUGGAACGGGACCCGGUGCGGAGUCGCAUUCAGGCCAGAUCUUCACUUGCGUAGCCGCACUUGCGAUUGCGGGUCGCCUCGAUCUUGUCGACAAGGAAAAGCUCGGUCGAUGGUUGAGUGAGAGACAAGUCCCUUGUGGCGGUCUUAACGGCCGACCAGAGAAGCAAGAAGACGUCUGCUACAGCUGGUGGGUGUUGAGCAGUCUCGCGAUGAUCGAUCGAACUCACUGGAUCGACCGUGAUGCCCUCAUCGCCUUCAUCCUGAAAUGUCAAGAUACCCAGAUUGGCGGUAUUUCCGACCGACCUGGCGACAUGGUCGACGUGUGGCAUACCCAGUUCGGCCUGUGCGGGUUGAGUCUUCUAGGCUAUCCAGGCCUCGAGGCCGUGGACCCCGUGUACUGCAUGCCGAAGACGACUACGCAAAGAAUCUUUGGUUGA